AAAGUGCCAGGCUUUGUCGACGUUGAGUCCACCACGCUGGUGGUGCGGAUGACGCUGAAGGAGGGCGUUUCCCUGGAAAGCCUCCCACACCAGCUGCGGAUCUGCGGGAGGAAUGUCCUGGUCGUCGCCCCUGGUCGUGCGCUGAUCUGCCUCCGGUGCCACCGAGCGGGGCACAUACGCCGAGACUGCAGGGUGCCCCGAUGUAACCAGUGCCAGGCCUUCGGACACGAGGCCUCGUCGUGCGUAAAGACGUACGCCCGCGUCACUGGCAACAACAUCGCCGUGGCGUCGUACGACACAGAGUGCAUGGACGUGUUCGAGGCCGAGAGAGCAGCAACAACGACGACGCCGACAGACCAGCAAACCCAGGGCGGGCCCGCAGAGAACGUAGGAGUCUGUGAUGAGGCGAAACCAAGACCUUCGCCCGGGGCAUCAAAAGACAAGGCGGCCCCCGAGGUAGUCGAAGAGCUCGGGUCCGAAACGGUGACGGACUCUCCAGACGUCCCAGCGGCAACCGCCGUGCCGUGGAACGAUGACGGCAAGAACCGUGUCGACGAAGACGUCGGGACGAAAGUUCAUGACGAAGUCAAGGUCAAGGGUGACGACGGCGGCACGCCCGAGGAGGGCGAAGGUGGCGUCGACGGCAGGCUCAGGGACGCAGAGACCGGAGCGGCGACGCGACGGCACGAAGGCGUAAGCUCCAAGAUCGCCGACAGGGAACUGCGACGCCUCGAGCGCGAGUGGGUUGGCAACGGGGGACUUAACCGUGAACGGUCGAGGUCUCGCCAGCGCAGGGAGGAGCAAUUGAAGUGA